CCGCCGUUACGUUACGUACAGUGCGUCUGACGUCAGCUGGCCGAAUGUUUACAUCCAGGCAGCAGUGGUGUGUUUCUCCCUGGAUCUCCACAACAACAAAAGGCUGAACACACGGAAACCCGCGGCUUCAGAAAACACCAGUCUGCGUUUUCACAAGUCAACAUGGGCGGAGCUGUCAGUGCCGGAGAGGACAAUGACGACUUGAUUGACAACCUGAAGGAGGCGUACUACAUCCGCUCAGACCUGGUGGAGCGGGCCUUCAGAGCCAUCGACCGCGCUGACUAUUACCUGGACGAGUACCGGGACAACGCCUACAAGGACUUGGCGUGGCGGCAUGGGAACAUCCACCUGUCGGCUCCCUGUAUCUACUCUGAGGUGAUGGAGGCUCUGGACCUCUGCCCCGGACUCUCCUUCCUCAACCUGGGAAGUGGCACCGGGUACCUCAGCACCAUGGUCGGCCUCAUACUGGGACCCUUCGGAGUGAACCAUGGGAUCGAGCUGCAUGCUGAUGUGAUUGAGUAUGCGUGCCAGAAGCUCGACUCCUUCAUCAAAACAAGCGACAGCUUCGACAAGUUUGAGUUCUGUGAGCCCUCCUUCGUGGUGGGGAACUGUCUGGAGGUUCCUCCGGAGAGCCGUCAGUACGACCGGGUGUACUGUGGGGCGGGGGUGCAGAAGGAGCAUGAGGACUACAUGAAGAACCUGCUGAAGGUGGGGGGCAUCCUGGUGAUGCCUCUGGAGGAGAAGCUGACCAAGAUCACCCGCACAGGGCCGAACAGCUGGGAGACCAAAAAGAUCAUCUCUGUGUCCUUCGCCCCUCUGGCGCUGCCCAAACACAGCACCAAUGGAAAACCCAAGACUGUCCCACUGCCCAAGUACGAGGUACGCACGUUGCAGGAGCUGGCUCGUAUCUGCAUCCGCCACACCCUGAGAGUGACCACGGACGGGGGGGACAGCCUAUCACGCGGCAGAGGGUCCUCGUUCUCCGUGGGCAGGGGCCUGGCGGUCGCUGGGCUCCAUAAGUACGGCCCCCGCUUCAAGCGCAGGCGCGUCCACCGGCGCCACUGCAACGCGCUGGUCCUGGCCACCAGGCAAGUGGUGGCCAGCAGCGGCAUCGCCCCCACCCCCCUGGACAACAACAACAACCAGGGGGGACGAGCCGAGGAGGAGGCGGGAGAGAGGGAGGCCCGGCAGCAGAUGAGAGGGAGCAGGAGGGCGGGGAGAGGAGCGGGGAGAGGAGCGGGGAGAGGAGCGGGGAGAGGAGCGGGGGCCGUGGUGGAGGAGGAGGAGACUGUGGAGGAAGAGGACGAGGAGGAGGAGCAGCAGGAAGGGGAGGAAGAGGAGAAGGAGACCGGGGAGCUGCUGCGACCCCAGCCCCCCGUCAACCUCCUAAGAGAGAGGAUCCUCGGCCUGCCGCUGCCCGAGCCCCUCAAGAUGUACCUGCUGUACUACAGAGAGAAGUGAGGGUCCGGGGGCCACAUCGUAAAGAGAAGAGGAUCAACAUCACCUCCUGUACCGGGCAGGACCCCUUACUGACCCCCGGUGUCCCGCUCACCUCCAUCAUCCAUUCUCUUCCCCUCCCUCUGUUCCCCGCUGUUCUUUACUCCAUUCAUUCCCUGACAUUGUAAAGAGGUCAAUUUGUCCAGUGGAGAGGGGGGGGGGGGGGGGUUUAGUCUACUUGCCAGCACUUUGAACCCAGAAAUGUUGAGUUCCCCAAAGUUUUAUGUUAGAAAUGUAAAGUACAUGUCCCCAGCACACAGAAACUGACAGAUGCUAACCUGCAGAUGCUAACCUGCAGAUGUUGGGUAUUAGCAUCAUUAGCAUAAAUUGUGUCAAUUAGCAUAUGCAGACAAUAGCAAAAAAUGGUCUUGGCCCAUUUGGACAAUGUUGGAGUGGUUCUGGAGGUUGUUGAGGAUGUUGAAUCAAUUUCUGACAUUUUCAGGAUCAAAAAUUGCAGUUUUAACCACAAACUGGUGAUAUUUGUACUCCGGAUUUUCAAGUUUUGGAGGACCCAAAACUGCAAUUGUUUAUCCUGAAAAUGUCAGAGUUGAUUCAACCUUCUUCAAUAACCUCCAAAAUCACUCCAAGACUGUCCAAAUGGGCCAAGACAUUUUAAGCAUCAGGCAAUUUCUAUGUGCUGGGGACCCUACUAUACAUUUCUAACAUAACACUUUGGGGUACUCCACAUUUCAGGGUUCACAGCAGGACUCUAUGAGCUGGUAAAUAGACCAGGAGGGGAGGGUGGAGGGGCAAUACAACCAAACAGUCACUAACACUUAUAGAUAUAAAUACACAAAUCAUUACCAAUUUGCUCUGUAUAUCCUGACCAAGCCCUGCAUAACAACAGCUUCCCAGAGGGUCCCUCAGACAGGGGGCUCCUCCCAUCGACAGCCCCAGUUUAGAGGUCAUACUGACUGUGUGGAAGCUGGUGGUCUGCAUGAGGUGGUGUGUAUUCAUGAAGAAGGGGUGUAGUUUGAAAAGGAAGACAUACUUUGUGAGGGAUGUGUAUUCUGAGAUGAUAUCGCAGCUUCAGCUAGUGACCAACAUAGUUCCACUGAUUCCCAAAUAAAAGGUGAGCGUUGAUUCCAUUAAAUAUUUAACCGAGCUCCUUCUCAAAGGCCAAGUGUUGCUCAUCAUUUCAAGAUUUAUUAUGAGCUUUGUCCAUUAAAAGAAGUUUCAGUUUUUUCUAUGCAUAUAUUUGAUCGUAUGAGUUAAGUCUUCUUCUGACUUAUGGAAAAGAUUCUGAGCUCAAUCCUAACGUGUGUAUCCAAAUAGAAGUCUCAGUGCUUCUUUACAUCUCAUUAUAUUCUCUUACCCAAAAGAGAAUGACCGUAAAGGAUCACAUAGCUACUAAUAUUCCAAUUCACAUAAAUAAACCAGCAUGAUAAAACAUAACUAAUGUUUAUGAUGAUUGACAGUGUGCAGGUUUUACGUUGCCGUGCUGUCAUGUUUUUUUUUUGUCUUGUAUUUGGAUUUUUGAAGUUAAACAGACUUGAAGUGUUGUGUACAUAUGAAAUGUCAUGUUAUAUGAAUCAUAAACACAUGAUAAGUAGAAGAAGCAUCUUCUCUCACGUUUCUGUUGUAGUUUAUAUUUAGAUGGAACCAGUGGCGUAACAAGGUUGUGAUUGGCCCCGGUGCAAAUAUUGUUUUGUGCGCUGCUCUUGUGCUUUGGUUUGCUGUACAUUAUAAAUGCAAGCUAUUACACUUUUUUAUAAUGCUACCGAACUUGUAGCAUUAUAAAAAAUGCUACCGAACCACCGCUAAGAGCCGAACCACCGCUUAGCUAAAGGAGGCUAAUGUUGGGCUAUAAAGGAACUACAGCACGGUCACAUGACUUCACGUCACCACCGCUAACCUGUACAGUACAGGUUGUUUAAACGGUUCGCUCGUCAACGCAAGGUAUCACAUGACAUGAAACUUUGGGAGCAAGGUCAUUGGACAGACAAAUUAAUUUAUGUUGCUUGGUUACUUUGAAGACUGCGUGAACCGGUCAAUGCCAUUGGGGCCCCAAAAAAAAUAUAUUAAAAAAUAAUAUUUAAACAAAUAUAUAUAAAACGUGUGCUCUGGGACCCGGUGCGUUGCACCGGCUGCAUCGUCGAUAGUUACGCCACUGGAUGGAGCAUCCUCGCUUUGUUCUUUUUGCUUUUCUACCAAACUCUCUGCUCCCCUCUGUGCCAAACUUCUGUUGCAUGGACUCAAUUCUGGAGAGGAAACGGGAUGGACAGGAAGUCUGAAGACCAAUAAUUAGUUUUGCUUCAUUACCACUGAAAUGAGUGGUUAUUCAUGUAACGCUUAGAAAUAAUCCCAUUGGACAGUUUGUAUCUGAAUAAUGUCUGCAAAAAAUGGAGCUGUACUAUUGACUGCUGUUAAUAAAGUGCGAUAUAAAAAAGA